AUGACGCAGCUAAAAGCCCACGAGGAGCACCAAUAUCUCGAUCUCGUCCGCGAGAUUCUCGAAAAUGGAGAGCAUAGACCCGACCGGUACGCCGCUCACCAACAACCACCACCCACCCCACGUACAAAGCUAACCAACAACAACUCCAGCACCGGCACCGGCACCGUCUCUAUAUUCGCCCCGCGGCCGCUCAAGUUUGCCCUGCACAAGGACGGCGUGCCGAUCCUGCCGCUGCUGACGACGAAGCGGGUAUUUCUGCGAGCCGUGGUUGCGGAGCUGCUGUGGUUCGUGGCGGGCAGCACCUCGUCGCUGCCGCUCAGCGAGGCGGGCGUCAAGAUCUGGGACGGCAACGGCUCGCGGGCGUUCCUGGACGCGGCGGGGCUGGGGCACCGCGCGGUCGGCGACCUCGGCCCCGUGUACGGCUUCCAGUGGCGGCACUUUGGCGCCGACUACGUCGACGCCGCGACCGACUACGCCGGCCAGGGCGUCGACCAGCUCGCCGACGUCGUCGACAAGCUGCGCCGCACCCCGUACGACCGCCGCAUCAUCCUGUCGGCGUGGAACCCGCGCGAUCUGAAGCUCAUGGCGCUGCCGCCGUGCCACAUGUUUGCCCAGUUUUACGUGUCGUACCCGCGCGGGGCGGUUGAGGGAGAGCCCACCACCAAGGGACACCUGCACUGCCAGCUGUACCAGCGCUCGUGCGACAUGGGCCUCGGCGUGCCGUUCAACAUUGCGAGCUAUGCCCUGCUGACGCACAUGCUCGCCCACGUGUGCGAUCUCGUCCCCGGCUCGCUGACGCAGGUCAUGGGCGACGCCCACGUCUACCUCGACCACGUCGACGCCCUCAAGGUCCAGCUCGAGAGGGAGCCGCGCGACUUUCCGACGCUGGAGAUUGCAAGGGACAAGGGCGGCAGCAUCGACGGGUGGGCCGCCGAGGACUUUGUCGUCAAGGGCUACGACCCCCACAAGACGAUUGCGAUGAAGAUGUCGGUCUAG